AUGGCGUCGUUGCCUCCUCCUCCGCCUCCGGGCUGGGGUGCAGCGGCACCUCCCUCGAUGCCCAUGGCGCCGCCGCCGCCGGGGUAUCAACCUCCCGCGGACCCAACCGUCGCAAAGUUCGCUCAGAAGAAGACCGAAUGGCUUCGAUCUCAACGGAACCGAUUCGGUGAGAAGAGAAAGGGUGGCUAUGUGGAAACUCAGAAGGCGGAUAUGCCGCCGGAGCAUCUGCGCAAGAUCGUCCGCGACAUCGGCGACGUGUCGCAGAAGAAGUUCAGCAACGAGAAGCGCAGCUAUCUGGGCGCGCUGAAGUUCAUGCCUCAUGCCGUCCUGAAGCUGUUGGAGAACAUGCCCAUGCCCUGGGAAUCGGCCCGGGAUGUGAAGGUAUUGUACCACGUGAACGGCUGCUUGACCCUGGUCAACGAGACUCCCCGGGUCAUCGAGCCCGUCUUCCAUGCCCAGUGGGCCACCAUGUGGGUGUGCAUGCGAAGAGAGAAGAGCGAUCGACGACACUUCAAGCGGAUGCGGUUCCCGCCCUUCGAUGACGAGGAGCCUCCGCUAUCGUGGUCCGAGAAUAUUGAAGACGUCGAGCCGCUGGAGCCAAUCCAGAUGGAAUUGGACGAGUCGGAAGAUGAACCCGUGUAUGAAUGGCUCUACGACCACCGACCCCUCUUGGAUACCCCCCAUGUCAACGGGCCCAGCUAUAAGAGCUGGAACUUAUCUCUUCCGCAGAUGGCGACUUUGCACCGGUUAAGUCACCAGCUACUCAGUGAUGUGGUCGACCAGAACUAUUUCCACAUGUUCGAUCUGAGCAGUUUCUUCACCGCCAAGGCCCUCAAUGUCGCCAUUCCCGGAGGCCCGCGUUUCGAGCCCUUGUACAAGGACAUUGACCCGAACGACGAGGACUUUAGCGAGUUCAACGCCAUCGAUCGCAUCAUUUUCCGAGCCCCUAUCCGAACCGAGUACCGUGUCGCAUACCCCUUCCUGUAUAAUACCCUCCCCCGAAGUGUUAAGAUUCCCUGGUACUCGCACCCUCAAGUGGUUUACGCUCGGAACGACGACUACAACCUCCCUGCCUUCUACUUCGACCCUGUCAUCAAUCCCAUUUCCUCCCGUUCCGUCGCUCCGAAGAACAUCACAGUCAGCCAUGAGGAUGAGAUUUUCGGCCCCGGAAAUAACGAGGACGAUGAGUUCGAGCUUCCGGCGGAGGUAGAACCAUUCAUGUCGGACGAGGAGCUUUACACCCCGGAGACUACUUCGGCUAUCGCGCUUUGGUGGGCUCCUCACCCGUUCAACAAGAGAUCGGGCAAGAUGGUGCGCGCACAGGACGUGCCGCUGGUCAAGCAGUGGUACCUGGAGCACUGUCCCCAGGGACAACCCGUGAAAGUUCGCGUGUCGUACCAGAAGCUUCUCAAGACCUUUGUGCUCAACGAGCUGCACAAGAAGAAGCCCAAGGCCCAGAGCAAGCAGAACCUGCUUAAGACGCUCAAAUCCACCAAGUUCUUUCAGCAGACCACUAUCGACUGGGUCGAGGCCGGUUUGCAGGUCUGCCGCCAAGGUUUCAACAUGCUGAACCUGUUGAUCCACCGCAAGAACCUAACUUACCUGCAUCUCGACUACAACUUCAACUUGAAGCCGGUGAAGACGUUGACCACCAAGGAGCGAAAGAAGUCGCGUUUCGGAAAUGCUUUCCACUUAAUGAGAGAAAUCCUGCGCCUAACCAAGCUGAUUGUCGACGCCCAGGUGCAAUAUCGCCUAGGCAACAUUGACGCUUUCCAGCUCGCCGAUGGUAUCCUCUAUGCUUUCAACCACGUUGGCCAGCUGACCGGUAUGUACCGUUACAAGUACAAGCUGAUGCAUCAGAUCCGGUCUUGUAAAGAUCUGAAGCAUCUGAUCUACUACCGGUUCAACUCUGGCCCGGUCGGAAAGGGCCCAGGUUGCGGUUUCUGGGCGCCGGCCUGGCGUGUGUGGCUGUUCUUCAUGCGUGGCAUCAUCCCCCUGCUUGAGAGAUGGCUUGGGAACUUGCUUUCUCGCCAGUUUGAGGGCCGUCACAGCAAGGGCGUUGCAAAGACCGUCACCAAGCAGCGUGUGGAAUCUCAUUUCGAUCUCGAAUUGCGUGCGUCUGUCAUGGCUGAUCUCAUGGACAUGAUGCCCGAGGGUAUCAAGCAGAACAAGGUCAACACGGUUCUUCAGCAUCUGUCGGAGGCAUGGAGAUGCUGGAAGAGUAACAUCCCCUGGAAGGUUCCCGGUCUUCCUGCUCCCAUUGAGAACAUCAUCCUUCGUUAUGUGAAGAGCAAGGCUGAUUGGUGGAUCUCUGUCGCCCAUUACAAUCGUGAAAGAAUCCGCCGAGGUGCGACGGUGGAUAAGACGGUUGCGAAGAAGAACCUUGGUCGUCUUACCCGUCUCUGGCUGAAGGCUGAGCAGGAGCGACAGCACAACUACUUGAAGGACGGUCCCUACGUAUCGUCUGAAGAGGCCGUGGCUAUCUACACGACUAUGGUGCAUUGGCUCGAGUCCCGGAAGUUUUCGCCGAUUCCGUUCCCCAGUGUCUCCUAUAAGCAUGACACCAAGAUUUUGAUUCUCGCUUUGGAGCGACUCCGCGAGGCCUACUCCGUUAAAGGACGAUUGAAUCAAAGCCAGCGAGAGGAGCUUGCCCUUAUUGAACAGGCAUACGACUCUCCCGGAACGACCCUGGCUAGAAUCAAGAGAUUCCUCUUGACUCAGAGAGCCUUCAAGGAAGUUGGAAUUGACAUGAACGACAACUAUAGCCACAUCAACCCGGUGUAUGAUGUUGAGCCCAUCGAGAAGAUUACCGAUGCUUACCUGGAUCAGUAUCUUUGGUACCAGGCAGAGCAGCGUCAUCUUUUCCCCGCUUGGAUCAAGCCUUCCGAUUCCGAAGUCCCACCACUUUUGACGUACAAAUGGGCCCAAGGUAUCAAUAACCUGGACAAUGUUUGGGAGACUGCGGAUGGAGAGACGAACGUGAUGAUCGAGACUGAGUUGUCUAAGGUGUACGAGAAGAUGGAUCUCACCUUGCUGAACCGUUUGCUCCGUUUGAUCAUGGAUCAUAACUUGGCAGAUUAUAUCACCUCUAAGAACAACGUGCAACUUAGUUACAAGGACAUGAACCAUACCAACAGCUAUGGAUUGAUCCGUGGACUUCAAUUCUCCGGAUUUGUUUUCCAAUUUUACGGAUUGAUGAUUGAUCUGUUGCUCCUUGGACUGCAGAGAGCCAGUGAAAUGGCGGGCCCGCCGCAGAGCCCCAACGACUUCCUCCAGUUCCGGGAUCGAGCCACCGAGACCAGACAUCCCAUUCGCCUGUACACUCGCUAUGUCGAUAAGAUCUGGGUGUUCUUCAGAUUCAAGGCAGACGAGUCAAGGGAUCUGAUUCAGCGUUUCUUGACCGAAAACCCCGACCCGAACUUCGAGAACGUGAUUGGAUACAGGAACAAGAAGUGCUGGCCGCGCGACUGUAGAAUGCGCCUGAUGCGUCACGACGUCAACUUGGGCCGUGCUGUGUUCUGGGAUCUGAAGAACCGCAUGCCGCGGUCCAUCACCACGAUUGAAUGGGAUGAUACUUUCUCUAGUGUUUACAGCAAAGACAAUCCCAAUCUGCUGUUCUCCAUGUCCGGGUUUGAAGUUCGCAUUCUCCCCAAGAAUCGCAACAUGAACGAAGAAUUCUCAGUGAAGGACAGCGUUUGGUCUCUGGUUGAUAACACAAGCAAGGAGCGCACGGCCCACGCAUUCUUGCAGGUCACGGAGGAAGACAUCCAGAAGUUCAACAACCGUAUCCGGCAAAUCCUCAUGUCGUCUGGAUCGACCACUUUCACCAAGAUCGCGAACAAGUGGAACACGGCUCUGAUCGCACUGUUCACCUACUACCGUGAAGCCGCAGUGUCGACUGUCAACCUCCUGGACACGAUCGUGAAAUGUGAGACUAAGAUCCAGACCCGUGUCAAGAUCGGCCUUAACUCCAAGAUGCCUUCGCGUUUCCCUCCCGCGGUUUUCUAUACGCCGAAGGAACUGGGAGGUUUGGGUAUGAUCUCCGGCUCCCAUAUUCUCAUUCCCGCCAGCGAUAAACGGUGGUCCAAGCAAACCGACACCGGAAUCACCCAUUUCAGGUCGGGUAUGUCUCACGACGAGGAGACUUUGAUUCCCAACAUCUUCCGUUACAUCAUCCCCUGGGAGGCUGAAUUCAUUGACUCUCAAAGAGUGUGGAUGGAAUACUCUCAGAAGCGACAGGAAGCCCAACAACAGAACCGGCGUCUGACGCUGGAGGACCUGGAAGACAGUUGGGACCGUGGUUUGCCUCGUAUCAACACCCUUUUCCAGAAGGACCGCAGCACGCUCAGUUUCGACAAGGGAUUCCGUCUGCGUUCCGAGUUCAAGCAAUACCAGUUGAUGAAGAGCAACCCAUUCUGGUGGACAAGCCAGCGACACGAUGGUAAAUUGUGGAACCUGAACGCCUACCGUACAGAUGUCAUCCAGGCUCUUGGUGGUGUCGAAACUAUCCUGGAGCAUACUCUGUUCAAGGCGACCGCCUUCCCGUCGUGGGAGGGUCUCUUCUGGGAGCGAGCUUGUCUUGCCAAGGGAACACGGCUGUUGCGCUACGAUGGUAGCGAGGUCGAGGUCCAGGAUGUCCGAGAAGGCGAUCUACUUCUUGGUCCUGACGGUGGUCCUCGUCGCGCGUUCAACAUCGUGAACGGUCAAGAUCGUCUUUACCGCCUGAAGAUCGACGCAGGCAAGGAGGAUCUUGUGGUUACACCCAACCAUAUCCUGGUCCUGCACCGGGAGAAGAAGUCACCUGCCGCGUCAGAAGCGGAGCCUUUUGACACCGUGGAGAUGACUGCCGCUGAGUUCGCCGCUCUUCCUACCGAGGAGCGGAGUCAGUACUUGGCGUUUAAGUGCCCCGAGUUCGAAGGCGCCGAGCGCUCGAGUCCUCAGGAACGCAGCUUCUUUGUCAAAGACAUCAGUCUCGAGACCGAGACCACGGAGUGGGCCGGUUUCCGGGUUGACAAGGAUCAGCUUUACCUGCGUCACGAUCACCUCGUCCUGCAUAACAGUGGUUUCGAAGAAUCCAUGAAGUUCAAGAAGCUCACCAAUGCCCAGAGAUCCGGUUUGAACCAGAUCCCCAACCGUCGGUUUACUCUGUGGUGGUCCCCCACCAUCAACCGCGCCAACGUCUACGUUGGUUUCCAGGUGCAGCUAGAUCUCACGGGUAUCUUCUUGCACGGCAAGAUCCCUACCUUGAAGAUUUCUUUGAUCCAGAUUUUCCGUGCGCAUUUGUGGCAGAAGAUCCACGAGUCUGUUGUUAUGGACUUGUGUCAGGUCUUUGACCAGGAACUUGAGCAGCUGGGUAUCGAGGCUGUUCAGAAGGAAACCAUUCAUCCGCGUAAAUCUUACAAGAUGAACAGCUCGUGUGCGGACAUCCUGCUCUUUGCGACGAACAAGUGGAACGUGACCCGUCCUUCCAUCCUGUUUGACACGAAGGAUACUUACGAGCCAACUACGACGAACAAGUUCUGGCUUGAUGUGCAACUGCGGUAUGGUGAUUACGAUUCUCACGACAUUGAACGAUAUGUUCGUGCCAAGUACCUCGACUACACCACGGACAGCAUGAGUAUCUACCCUUCGGCCACCGGUUUGAUGAUCGGCAUCGAUCUUGCGUACAACCUGUACUCGGCAUACGGUCAGUAUUUCCCGGGUUUGAAGACCUUGGUUCAGCAAGCUAUGGCGAAGGUUAUGAAGGCCAACCCGGCUCUGUACGUGCUGCGGGAGCGUAUCCGCAAGGGUCUGCAGCUGUACGCCUCCGAGAGCAACCAGGAAUUCCUGAAUUCGCAAAACUACUCGGAACUCUUCAGCCCGCAGAUCCAGCUGUUCAUCGAUGAUACCAACGUCUACCGUGUCACUAUCCACAAGACCUUCGAAGGCAACUUGACAACCAAGCCAAUCAACGGAGCCAUCUUCAUCUUCAACCCCAGAACUGGACAGCUGUUCCUCAAGAUCAUCCACACUAGCGUUUGGGCUGGACAGAAGCGUCUGGGUCAAUUGGCUAAGUGGAAGACUGCGGAAGAAGUGGCGGCGCUUAUCCGGUCAUUGCCCGUCGAAGAGCAGCCGAAGCAGCUUAUUGUCACCCGUAAGGGUCUCCUGGAUCCUCUUGAAGUCCAUCUGCUGGAUUUCCCCAAUAUUUCCAUCCGUGCUUCUGAGCUCCAGCUGCCCUUCCAGGCUGCUAUGAAGGUCGAGAAGCUUGCCGAUAUGAUUCUCCGCGCGACCGAACCUCAAAUGGUCCUCUUCAACCUUUACGAUGAGUGGCUGAAGUCGAUCUCGCCGUACACUGCUUUCUCUCGUCUGAUUCUCAUUCUUCGUGCUCUCCAUGUCAACAUUGACAAGGCCAAGAUCAUUCUCCGUCCCGACAAGACCGUGAUCACUCAAGAGCACCAUGUCUGGCCCACGUUGUCCGAUGAGGACUGGAUGAAGGUCGAAGUGCAAUUGCGCGAUCUCAUUCUUAACGACUACGGCAAGAAGAACAACGUCAACGUGCAGAGCUUGACGAGUAGUGAGGUGCGGGAUAUCAUUCUUGGUAUGGAGAUCAGCGCGCCUUCGCUGCAGCGGCAACAGGCUGCGGAGAUUGAGAAGCAGCAGGAGGAGCAGAAGCAGCUCACCGCUGUGACGACGAAGACUCAAAACGUUCGUGGCGAGGAUAUCAUCGUCACCACGACGUCGCAGUAUGAACAGCAGUCUUUCGCUUCCAAGACGGAGUGGCGGACUCGGGCCAUCGCGACAUCUAAUCUCCGCACGAGGUCGAACAACAUCUACGUUUCUUCGGAUGAGGUUCGCGACGAGGGGUACACCUAUGUUAUGCCCAAGAACGUCCUGAAGCGCUUUAUUACGAUUGCCGAUCUCCGCGUCCAAGUGGCCGGGUACCUGUACGGGACCUCCCCGCCUGACAAUGACCAGGUGAAGGAGAUUCGGACCAUCGUUAUGAUCCCGCAGGUCGGCAACACCCGGGAUGUUCAGUUGCCGCACACGCUGCCCCAGCAUGAAUACUUGAACAACCUUGAGCCUCUGGGUGUGAUCCACACCAUCUCCGGCAACGAGCCUUCGUACAUGACGUCUAUGGAUGUCACGCAGCACGCCCGUCUGAUGAACGCUCAUCCGUCCUGGGACAAGAAGACGGUGACCAUGACGGUGUCGUUCACCCCUGGUUCGGUGUCUCUGGCCGCCUGGGGGCUGACGCCUCAGGGUUACAAGUGGGGUGCCGAGAACAAGGACAUGACAUCCGACCAUCCGCAGGGAUUCUCGACCAGCAUGGGCGAGAAGUGCCAGUUGUUGCUCAGUGACAAGAUCCGCGGAUACUUCUUGGUUCCCGAGGACAACGUAUGGAACUACAGCUUCAUGGGAAGCUCCUUUGGCAGCGUCGAGAAGCGGCCAGUCUACGUCAAGAUCGAUACCCCCUUGCGGUUCUACGACGACCAGCAUCGCCCACUCCACUUCCAGAACUUUGCCGAGUUGGAAGACAUCUGGGUUGAUCGCACCGAUAACUUCGCGUAA